AGGACCCAGAAGUCAAAAACUGGGUUGAUGUGAUGUGAUUUGACCCGAACUCGUUGAUAACACCGGUAUCGUUCUCUUUGCUCGGGGUAUUUGCUGGCGUUGACAGAGACCACAGGCUGCUGACAACAUACAGAAACAAUGGCAAGCUACAGUGAGAUCAUCUCGUCAAUGCGCACAGUUUUUCGUGCUGGUAAAACCAAGACUUAUCAAUGGAGGAAGCAGCAGUUAAACUCCAUUCUUCGAUGUCUGGAUGAAAACAGAGACCAGCUUUCAGAAGCUCUCAAUAAAGAUUUGAGAAAGUCCAAAAUGGAAUCCCUUGUUUUUGAGAUUGAUUACUGUAAAAAUGAUGCAGUUGAGGCCUUGAACAACUUAGAGGAAUGGAUGAAACCAGAAAAGGUGAAGAAAGGUUUGAUGAACAUGAUGGACAAAGCUUAUAUUAAACGUGAGCCAUUCGGCGUGUCUUUGGUCAUAGGAGCGUGGAACUACCCUGUACAGCUCACCAUCCUUCCUCUCAUAGGAGCCGUGGCUGCAGGAAACUGUGUGAUUAUAAAACCGUCGGAGAUUUCCCCAGCAACAGCCACCGUUCUGGAGCAGAUUCUCCCCAAGUACCUAGACAAUGACUGUAUCAAGGUUAUCAAUGGAGGUGUGCCAGAGACGACAGCCCUCCUGGCCGAGAGAUUUGACUUUAUCUUCUACACAGGAAGUACACCAGUCGGUAAAAUUGUCAUGCAAGCAGCCAGUAAAUAUCUGACUCCAGUUUGUCUGGAACUCGGAGGCAAGAGUCCAGUGUACGUCGACCGUAACUGUGACCUGAGUGCUGUGGCCAACAGAAUCCUGUGGGGUAAAACCUGUAACUCCGGCCAGAUCUGUAUCGCCCCAGAUUACGUCAUGUGUCAGAAGGAGGUCCAGGACGAGUUGGUGACAAAACUGAAGGACGCCAUUGCUCUAUUUUAUCCUGAUGGUGUUGAAAAGUCAUCUGAUUAUUGCCGUAUUGUCAGUGAACGUCACUUUCAACGUAUUAAAAAAUUGGUAGAUAACUCCAAAAACGUAGCAAUCCGAGGCCCAGUAGAUGAGAAAGACAAGUUUAUGGGCCCCACGGUUGUCACUGAUGUCACCCCUGAUGAUAUUACCAUGCAAGAAGAGAUCUUUGGGCCGGUCCUCCCCAUCAUGCCAGUGAGAGAUGCUAACGCUGCUGUAGAUUUCAUCAAUAAUAGGGAGAAACCCUUGGCCAUGUACGUGUUCACUAACAAUAAGGAAACAGUGGACAAUUUCACCAACAACACUAGCAGUGGCAGUCUCUGUAUUAACGAUGUCCUCAUGCAGGCCGGCUUGUCGUCUCUGCCAUUUGGAGGAGUCGGAAGCAGUGGUACUGGAAACUAUCAUGGAAAGUUCACAUUUGAAACAUUCUCACAUCGGCGAUCUGUUCUACAGAAGGAGCUGAAAAUGGAAUCAGUCAAUAGUUUGCGCUACCCACCUUUCACUGAAAAGAAGCUAAAUAUAAUUUCCUGGCUGUCCACCAAGAAACUAAAAAGGGCAGGAUUAGGGACUUUCUUGCCUUAUUUCGUCUUUGGAACAAUAAUUGCAGUCGUUUUAAAGGCUGUUGGAUUGGAGAAAAUAGUUUCCUAUUUCAAGUGAGUGUUAAAGACAUGAGUAAUGGAGAAAGUGCCGUUGUGACAUUACAUGCCAGGAACUGAAUGGGAAGUGUGACGAGUGACAUGUUAACAAAGAUGUCAAAUCCUGGCUCUAGUAGUGAUUAACUUGUGGGUUGUAUGUUUGGUAACUGUCGGGGUACACACGGUGUACUCCAUUAUUGUGGUGUUAUUUCUCUGAACAUUAUUUAUGACAUUUUUUACAGAAUUACAAAACAAUCACACUGACAGGUGGUAAUUAGUGUGUCUAAAAUCAUCUUGUCAGUUGUGCCAUUGUGUUAAGUUUU